AUGGGGUUCUUCUCCAGAAGUGGUGGUCUAAAAUGGUUUCUAUGGGUGUGGGCUCUUCUAUAUGCCACAUCUCUUGCAUUCAUACCCAUCCCCAAACUUGGCCGUACAAAAACGCCCCUUCCACCAAUUGAACCGCGACCAAAACAGGUCGCAAUAAUCGGAGCUGGCGCAGCUGGGGCAUCUACUGCGUACUCACUACGCAAGUAUGCAGAUGAAAAUGGAAUCGCUGUCAAUAUUACUGUCCUUGAACGUUCUUCUUAUGUUGGAGGCCGCUCAACGACGGUCAAUGUGUUUGAUGACCCGACAUACCCAAUUGAGCUGGGUGCAUCAAUCUUCGUCGAGGUCAACUACAACUUAGUCAAUGCGUCAAAGGAGCUUGGUCUUAACGUCACGGGCGCCAGCCAUGAACGUCGCAGGGAAAGUGAAACCCUUGGCGUCUGGGAUGGAAAGAGCUUCGUCUUUGUAAUGGAGGACUCUGGCAGCUGGUGGGAUAUCGCCAAAAUCAUCUGGCGGUACGGUCUGGCUCCAAUCAGGACCCAGAACCUGAUGAAGAACACCGUCAACAAGUUCCUCCAACUCUAUAAAGAGCCGCUUUUCCCAUUCAAGUCUCUUACUGCUGCUGCUGCCUCGGUAGGUUUAUUGGAUGCCACCUCCACACCCGGAACUACAUUCUUGGAAAAGAACAGCGUGUCGCCGGACUUCUCUCGAGAAGUGAUCCAAGCAAGUACGCGGGUCAACUACGGGCAGAAUCUACCUUUAAUUCACGGCCUUGAAUCAAUGGUCUGCAUGGCCACUGAAGGUGCUGUGUCUGUUGACGGAGGGAACUGGCAAAUCUUCGACGGGAUGCUCAAAGCUGCGCGUGCGGAUGUGCGACUCAAUCAUACCGUAACAUCCAUCAAUCGGAACAAAGACAGCACAAUUACUCUGGACUUCAAAGAUGAGCAUGCCCAACGAAAAGCCGAAUUCGAUGAAGUCGUUAUCGCUGGACCCUACCAGUAUUCCGGAAUCACCAUCUCCCCACCUCCCGAGAAAACCCCAGACACCAUUCCCUUUCACACUCUCUACGUAACCCUCUUCUCUUCACCACAUCGUCUAUCUUGGAAAUACUUCAAUCUCAAGGGUCCCUCCGACAUUCCUCCUGAAACAAUCCUCACCACCCUACCACGUGGAACAGACCUCGGAGACACCGAGGAAGGCGUUGGCCCAGCCGGGUUCUGGAGUAUCAGCACCCUCCGCACCGUCACCAAACCUUCAACUUCCCCAGAGGAACCAGAAAAGCAACACUACGUUUACAAGAUCUUCUCGCCCGAGCGACCUACUGCCCAAUUCAUGCAAGACAUCCUAGGCAUCGACCAACCAGACCAAGAAUCAACCUCCACAGGGUCAGCUGACGGUAUCGACGACCUCAGUAAGGAAGAUGUAAGCUGGUACCACGAGAAAACAUGGCAUCCCUACCCGUUCUUGUAUCCGCGCGUGACAUUCGAAGACCCGAUUCUCGCCCCCGGUGUUUGGUAUACCGGUGCAAUCGAGAGUUUCAUUUCAACAAUGGAGACAAGCGCGCUUAUGGGGAAGAAUGUGGCGGCACUGAUGUCGCACUCGUGGCUCGACCAGGAUGAGGAUGGCGAGAUUCGGGGGCUGGACGAUUCCCCUGCCGUGGAAGAGGAUGGGAGGGCUGAGCUUUGA